AGUAAAUACAACGUCGCUAAUUUCAAUAUGAUGAUAUUGACAUAAAUAUUGAAUAGAAGUUCAUAGAACGGGAAACAUAUGUUUUAUAGACAAGUCUACAGAUAUUCUAAGAUUGUCUCAGUUUUGUAGAAAAUCGUGCCUAUUAUUGUCCAUUACGCGAUUGAACCUUAUUAUCUUAUUUUCUUAGAAUAUUUAUGAAAUUCUUUUAAAAAAUUUAAUACAAUUUUCAGCUUUUCACAAAUUACAAUAGAAAGUUUUAUUCAGUAUUCCUUCAGCUUUUAAAAUUAUAUUAUUCAAAUUUAUAUUAGUGAUGUGAACAGAGAAUUAAAUUCUUGUAACUUUAAAGAAAGCUUUCUAUUUAUUGUAAUUAAAUUGAGUAAUAAUUAUUGUAGAAAUAUGUUAAUUUCCGAUGAUUCCAGUGUUCAGGAAAAUCACGUUCGGCAUGAUAAAAAGAAAGAUAAAUUAGCUCUGUUUAAGCAUACAUUCACGACAAUGACGGUUGUUGGAUGCUGGCAACCGUUGUCGUGGUUGUCCCCAAUCAAAUAUAAACUUUACAGCAUUUACACGUUAUUUCUGACUCUCAUGUUGCUUAUUUUCGCAAUUUCUCAAUUUAUGAUCAUCGUUUUGAAUGCCGCUAAUCCUGAGGACUUUACUAGCGUUUUGUACAUGAUGACAGCCAUGUGCAUGGGAAUCUUUAAGAUAUCUAAUAUGUGGCUAAAUCGUAAAAAUUAUGCAGAUAUUAUUAAUACUCUUAUUGAUGAACCAUUUAGACCAGUGAUAGCCGAUGAAAUCAAGAUCCGUCAAAAUUUUGACAGAAUGAUAUGGAACAAUACGUUAUUUUGCUUAGUCUUGGUUGGAUCGACGUGCGGUAUCAUCGUCUUAACUUCUUUAUUCACGAACUUCAGAACGGGAGAGCUAACAUAUAAAGCUUGGUUACCAUUUAAUUACUCAUCUCCAGCGUUAUUCUUUUUCGUGUACACUCAUCAGUUAAUAAGUAUAAUAACUGGUGCCCUAGUCAAUCUUGCCUGUGAUUGCUUCAUCUGUGGUCUUUUGUUACACAUUUGUUGUCAGAUCGAAAUAUUAGACUAUCGGCUUAACAAAUCACAUACCUGGGAAAAUUUGCGUAACUGCUUUUGCUUCCGUAGUGAAUAAAAGUUUCACACAGAUAAUUGCUGUUCAAUUUAUAAGUAGCAUGUUAGUGGUGUGUUCCAA